AUCCAGGCUGGGGCCAUUUCCGGGGGUGCCGUGCGCAAUGGCUUCCAAGCCUCUGCGCUUCGGACUGGAUCUGCCGCCGGCGGAGCGGGACGCGGCCGCGGAGGCGGCGGCCAGCAAUUUGGCGGUGCAAGGCUUCUGUGUUCUGGACCUGGGCUUCAAGGACAAGAAGCAGGAGCAGCUGACGAAGGCCAAGGCCGAGGCGGCGGAGCUGGACGCCGCGGAGCAGCUCUACCGCCCUGAGGAGCUGAUUUUCACCGGGCUCUUCGGGGAUGAGGGCUCCGCCCGGAUCUUGCCGCUGAACCCGCGGGAGCUUAGAGAAGGCUCCGGUCUGAAAGCGCUGGACCAGGAGAUCACCGAUGUCGCGCAGGUUGUCGCGCCCUUUUUGUCCUUCAAGCUGGGCUUGGACAUCGUGUCCCGUGCCCGGGCGGUACUGCACGAGACCGGGCCCUUGGAGGGCGUGAUCAAACGGCUCACGGAGGAUGAGGCCUCCGCCUGGCUCGCAGAUUUCCGCUUCGGCCGCGUCAUGUGCAUCAUCUGCGUUGGCCCGGGCUUUGGCGACUUCGAGCUCAGUGUCCGAGAAAGCGACUGCAAGCCCUGCCGGGUGACCUCAUCCCCGGGCACGGUGCUGAUGAUCCGCUCGGACAAGAUUUGCGCGCGGCAUAACUGCCGCACUCGCAGCCUCCUUUUGAGCUGCAACCUGCAGGCCUCCGACAGCACCAACGCGCGGCUGGCGCCGAACCCCUGCGCGGCGAAGCUGCAGGAAUGGCUAGACGCACGCCUGCACUACCUCAAGCAAGCAGAGACAGAGGACCGCCGGGCAGAGCUGCCGAGACACCUGCGGCUGGCGAUGAACCGCCAGUGCUUCAAGGGUCAGUACAUGGCAGUCCGAGGCCUGGCGAGUCGGGUCUCGCCGUGUUGGGGCCCGGAGACCUUUUGGUGCGGCGCCGCGUCGGGUCUCGACACAUUGGUGGACGUGCCGCUGAUUCGGUGGGACCAUGAAAAGUUUUUUGACCCGGACGAGAACAGCUGGCGGCUCUACAAGACCUGCGCAAGGCACAUGUCCGUCGUUGAGGGCGUCGACCUCUUUGACAACAAGAUGUUCGGCAUCACGCCGGCGGAGUCGAAGAUUAUGGACCCCCAGCAACGGGUGGUGCUGGAAGUAGGCUACGAGGCGCUCUUCUCGGCGGGCUACAAGAAGGGCCGGCUCAUGGGGUGCCUGGGUGGGAUGUAUUUGGGCUAUGGCACUGGCAACUCCGACUUCGGCCACGUGGACCGCUCUGGCGACAGCGCCGCCGAAGGCUCCUUUGGGGCCACCGGAGGCAGCGCGGCCAUCACUGCCAACAGGUUUAGCUUUUGCCUGGGCAUGAAGGGCCCUAGCAUCGCGGUGGAUGCGGAGGACGCCUCUGGGCUGCUCUCGCUGCACAUGGGCAGUGAGGCGCUGCACGCCAAGGGCCGCGCCCUGGCCAACGAGUUCUCCCUCUGCGGUGGCAUCAAGCUGAACCUCGCAUUCUUCUUCUGGCCGCAGCGGCAGGCCGCAGGCUGGCUGUCCAAAGUCGGCCGGUGCCAAACCUUUGAUCAAAGCGCCGACGGCUGGGUCCACGGGGACGCGGCGGUGAAUGUGGUUGUGAAGCCGUUGUCGGACAACGUGGACGGGCAGCUGAAGGUCAAGGAGAGCGAGCCCUACCUGGCUUCGCUGUGCGGCUCGUCCGUGCGGCACACAGGCCACGGGGCAUCCCUGGCCGCACCGCAUGGGCCCACGGAGCAGGAAGUGAUCUCUACGGCGGUCUAUGCCGCAGGCCUCACAGGCAUGGACAUUGACGCCACGGAGAACUACGGCAUCGCCAACAUGCUUGCGGACCCCGUGGAGGUGAACUCCUGCUCAAGAGUCCUGCGCCUGGCAGAUGAUGACGAUGCGCCGCUGCUGAUGCGGGCCUCCAAGACCUCGGUGGGCAAUGCGCUCCACGCGGGGAGCGCGCUGUCCUUGAUGCAGGCCAUCCUCACCAGUGUGGCCGGCAGCAUCGCUCCGAACCUGCACUUGUUGCAGUCCAACCCCCACCUGGAUGUGGGGCAGCUGCCGCUGGGGAUUGUGACAGAGGUGGUGCCGUACCGCAUGACCAGCACCUUCGUGAACUCCUUCGCCCGGGGCUUCGGGGGGACCAACGUGUCCAUGGUCAGCUUUGCUGCCAAGGACGUGAAGCAGCUGCCGGAGCCCAGCGCGCCCAUGCCGCUGAGCGACCAGCUCGUCUACUGGCCCGGCGGAGGCGGCAAAACAGACACUGCGUCGAUGCCAGAGAAGAGCUUUGACAUCGCAGGCACCUUCUCUGAGUGGCAGCCGGAGCCCAUGACGAAGGAGUCGGAAGGUGUCUACAGCUACGUAGUGACCUUGGGGGAGAACAGGUGGGAGCAGUUUCAGAUCUGGCUGGAUGGGGACCCCACGAGGUGCCUUUGCCCGGAGCAGCACAAGGCUGGCUCCAAGAGCGGCGUGCAUGGGCCUGCGGUUAGCCCGCCGAGCUGCUGGCUGCUGGAGGGCCGGCCCCAGGGAGAGCUGCGGCUCCGCGCCAAGGGCGACCGCACGGAGGAGGUGCCGAAGGGCCAGGGCCUGGCGGGGUCCAAGUGGCGGGUGCGGCUCUGCAUCGCCGGGAAGUGGCGCAUGGUGGAGUGGGAGAAGCUGGACGAGCCCUUGGUGCCUGCGGCAGACUUGAAGAAGGGCGCCUACUUCGUCACCGCCGACUUUAGUGGAUGGGGCAUCGAGCCUAUGGAGGAUGCUGGCGCUGGGGAGUGGAAAUUCCAGGUGCACCUCAUCCGGCCAGGCGGGCGCUUUCAGAUCCUCCGGAACCGUGAUCUGGAGCAGACCCUGUAUCCGGACCUAGAGGGCACGUUGAAGGGCCCAGACGAUAGCGCGGACGGCCGCUGCUGGUUGCUGCGGGGGGAUCAGCGGGACAUCUUCCAGAUCACUCUGCGCCGUCACAUUGAGGAAGGACUAGAUCAGAAGGCCAUCUCCAUUGAACGGCUUGGCGAGAAGGAGCUGAGCGAGGACCAGGUGAGGCAGCUGGGCCGCCUGCGGCUUUCCGCCUUCGGCACCUGGGACCCCGGCGCAGGCGGCUCCCGCAUGCGGGAGCUGCCCUGGGCCGGCAGCUGCUUCCACUUCUUCGUGCGGCUGGGCGCCCAGGGCAAAGAGUCCUUCCAGCUGCUGGAGGACUUCAGCUGGAACCGGGUGAUCCACCCUUCGGUGGCCAACGCACGCUCGAGCGUCGCGCAUACUGUGGUCGGCCCAGAGUUGGGCGACGGCCGCGCACGGGGGCUGAAUUGGACCAUCGGCCUCGACGGUUACGAGAAGCCCGGGGACGUCUUUGAGGUCCAAGUCUACGGGGAGACCCGCGUGGAGCGGGUGAAAUGGCAGCGGGUGGAACCCCGGAUCUCCGCCGCAAGGAUUCAGAAGGCCGAGGACGAGGGCCUCCUCUUUGGCGCCUAGGUUUCGGCUGGACCUUAUCUUCCCAUCGCCUGGUACUCCUUGCCCUGGCCACGUUUCAUGUGGAUCUCUUCUGGACUGCAAAU